CAUAGGUUUUUAGUAAUUGUUUUUAUAUUCAUGUUUUCUAAAAUCAAUUUAUUUUAAUUUUCCCUGAAAAAAUCACAGGAAAAAAUGGAUAAUGAUAGCAGUAACAGUAUAGAAUACUUUGGCGAUGCUCUUGUCCCAAAAAUUGAAAGUGAAAUAAGUUUAAUUGUUAAGGAAGAGCCACUUCACGAAUGUUUUAUAUACAAUAACGAAACUUUAAACAAAUAUGACGAUAUAAAACUCAAAAAUUGCAACGAUAUUGAAUUUAAAAAAAGGCAGAUCAUCGAAAAUGAGACUACAGUAUAUAGAUGUCACGAAUGUAUUAAUACAUUUCAAAAAUUCUCUGAUUUUAAGUUGCAUAAAGCAGAACAUUCAAUUAAGAAACGAACUUGCACAAUUUGCAAUCUCCUAUGCCGCGGAGUAACAAGGCUCAAAGAACAUAUGAAUAUACAUAAUGGGAUAAAACCAUUUAAAUGUACAAAGUGUAGUAAAGGUUUUACAUCAGCUAAUCAUUUAAAGUGUCAUAUGGACUCUCAUAGGGAUGAAAAUAAUUUUAAAUGUGAGAAAUGUGAAAAGACCUUUAAAACUAAAAGGACACUGGCAGGACAUAUCGAUACCCAUGCUAAAAGAAUUAAGGAUUUUAUAUGCAAGAUUUGUAAUGAAGAUUUUAAUUUACUAAAUGAGUAUUGUCGACAUCUCACUCAAAAACAUGGAGAGGAAGUUCCUAAGCCAAAAUGUAUAAUUUGUGACAAAAUCUUCAAAACUGAAACACUACUGCAAGCUCAUUUGAAAGAGCAUAAAGAUUUAACAUUUCCUUGUGAAUAUUGUAAUAAAAUUUUCACCACAAUGUACAAGAUAAAACGGCAUGUAAAAAGAUCUCACGUAAUAAAUGAGUGUGAAUACUGCGACAAGGUGUUUUAUGACAAAGCAGAAUUUGGCAAGCACAAGAAGGAAGAACAUACUACUGAAGAAAAAAUAAAUAUUUGCCAAUAUUGCCAGAAAGCAUAUUCCAGUACAAAAAAUCUAAAAGAGCACAUAAGAGUACAACAUACCAAUGACGGUGGCAAAAACCAGUGUAAUAUUUGUGACAAGACAUUUAUUAAUAGGUUUUUGUUAAAUAAUCAUAGCAAGAGUCACGAUAAAUGUUUCAAAUGUCCUUUAUGUGAUAUGCUGUUCUCCAAUAGGUACAAUUUAGAAUUGCAUUCAGUAACUCAUACUAAUGAGAGAAGGUUUGAAUGCCCUGUAUGUAAAAAAUUUUAUACCAGCAAAGUAAGUCUGAAAAAUCAUAUUCCAAUCCAUUCAGAAGAGCGCCCCUUCAAAUGUACGCAAUGCAACAAGGAUUUUAAAAGUUCCAGGAGACUUUAUACUCACAAAAAAUCACACCUUACCAAAUUGGAAUUUGAAUGUUACAAUUGCGGAAAUAAAUAUAAAACUAAAGACUAUUUGAAAUCGCACAUGAAAAAACAUAAUAAAGAAAAACCAUUUGAUUGUACUUAUUGUAACAAAAGAUUCAAGCAUAAAAGAACUUUAAAUACUCAUCUCAAUGGUAUACAUAAAAGGAAAAUUAAAAAUAUUGAUAUUAAGCAUGAAUUAGAUCCACGAAAUUACUCUGAAGAAUUGAUCAUUUUAAAGGAAGAAUACAAUACACCGAUAGACAACAGUUUGGAUAAUGAGCGUUCUUCUGAUUUAGAGGUGGAAUCAGUUUAUGUGAAAUCGGAAGUUGAAGAUUACUAACACUAUAUUCUUUUAUAAUUCAUUUUUUUUCUAUUUAUUAUUAUUUCUGCUAAAGUCUGUCCAACUAGUAAGGAAACAUUUGGACAGAUCACGCCAAAAAAAACAGAAUAUUCUGUCAUUUUUUGACAGAACUCUCUUCUCAAAUAACGUCACUGUCAUCACUGUAUCUGCUAGUUGGACAAACUUUGCCAGCAAUAUUUUAUAAAAUGUUGACGUGAUAUUUGUCAGUUAUUGUUUUUUAAUCUAGUCUAAAAAGAAAUUAAUCUCGGCUGUAUAUAGGGUGUUUCAAAAAACAUGUGCCAUAUCUCGUGGGGAGAUUCCUUACGUAUAAGAUAAGAUUUAUUUCUCAUAUCACAUAGGUCCGUUGAAGUAAUUGGACCGUUGACUCUGUUCAUACUAUCUUUACAUUUAUUAAUUCUGAUGCUUUCAUAUGCAUCUAAUUGCCUGUA